AUGGGUGCAGUUUGCCAAUAUUAGUAAAUAGGCUCCGAAACUUAUUUCAAUUAAGAAACUCAACAAUAUUUCCCCAUUUCUAAAGAGUUAAAACCAAAAUCUAUAAAUAGCAGUAUCAAGCAUGAUUUAAAGGCUAAAUAUUUAGAUAUUGAAUGUCAAUUUUGCGAAAAACCUCUAAUGAGAGAAAUUGCUUCUUAAACCAAGAUUUCAUAUAAUAAAAAUCAAAGCGUCAAAUUAAGAAAGAAUAGAUCAAAUCCUCAAAAAAAAAAAAGAAAUUAGAAAAGCAAGGAUAAAAUAGUUUUUGAAAAUCUUGAAUAAAAUGAACAACGUUCAUUAAGUCAAACUUCCAAGACCUAAAAUAAACUCCAUAAAUGUUAGUCUUACAAGAAAAAGGGAAAAGAUUAAUAUUAAGACUUUUAACCAUACAUAGUUUUGAUUAACUCUCAAAAGGAAUCAAAAUUUAGCCAUUAAACUUUAAAUUAAAUAAAAAAUUGA